AUGGCAAGUCCGUUUAAUCCUUUUGCGGCCCGCGGCCAACGCGGAGGAGCGCAAGGUGCACAAGGUUCAACAGGGCGCGGAAGAGGAACAACGGCUGGGUUUUCAUCAACACAUGCACCGAGGGGCUCAAGUGCGCCACGAGCAGGGCGGGCCCGUGGUCGUGGAAGAGGGUCGUCGACAUGGACAGCCCGAGGACGUGGGCGUGGGGCUGCACAGGGCACUCACCACGAGGCGCAUCAAACCGCGGAAGGAACCAAAGUGAAUGGGGCGCCGUUUGCGCAAAACCAGAAACAAGUCGCCUCCCCUUUUGGUGCCCAGCCCACCCCGUCUCCCUUCUCCAGAACACCCAACGGGACUCCAGCUUCAACAUUUGCCAAUGCCACCUCUCACUCUACUCCCGCCAACCCUUUCUCCCAACAUGCCAACGGUAUUUCUCAGAAGUCGAUGAAAACAGAGCCCCAAGGCCCCGUGCCCGUGGAGGAUGCCUCGACUAUGAACAGCUAUCAAGAACGCUACGAUCAACUUAAAAUCGAUCGUGCAGCUCAACGCCAGCAAGCAAUCAGAGCCGGUCAGAUGGCAGACCCAAAUCAGCCGACCUCUUUGAACCAGGCAAUCACACCCGUGGGCACCUGCACCAGUAUGUGCCCCGAAUUUGAGAGCGUGGAGCGUAUCGUGCAAAAGAUGGUCGACAAGUGCGAGAAGUAUCCGCAUCCAUCAACCAAUCAAUUACAAAAUAUGGAAUCCAAGAUGCUCAAACGCUUCCGACGCUCUGCAGCUGGAUAUGAUGAGCAAUUGCCUUCUGACAUUCGCACCCCAAACACGCUCUUGCAGACCAUGAACUACCUCAUGCGUUAUGUCAUUGAUGGCAAGGAACCUCUGGCGAUGGUCCACAAGUUUGUUUGGGACCGGACACGCUCAAUUCGAAAUGAUUUCUCGGUCCAGCAAGUUACUCAGGAGGCAGAUGUGAAGGUCGCAGUGACUUGCCUCGAACGAAUUGCGCGUUUCCACAUCGUUUCGUUGCAUCUACUUUCAAGCCCCGAAAACACCGAGCCAUUCGAUCGUCAUCAAGAGCGAGAGCAGCUCAACAAUACCAUGUUGUCUCUCAUGUACUAUUAUGACGACAACCGAGGCCGCAUCGACUUCCCCAACGAGGCUGAGUUCCGUGCCUACUACAUCUUGUUCUCAAUUCAUGACCAGCGACCUGAUCUCGAAGCCCGUGUCCAAAAGUGGCCCUCCGACCUUCUCGCCUCUCCUCGAGUGCAGGUGGCUCUGGAGCUUUUUGCUGCUGCUGGCAACACUUGGGAGCCUCAAGGUGCGCUAGAUGCUCGCCGGCCGAAUGCUAUUGCCCAGGGGUUCUACACUCGUUUCUUCAACAUCAUCAACUCCCGAAGUGUGUCUUACCUGAUGGCCUGUGUCGCCGAGGUCUACUUCACCCAUAUUCGUCAGACAGCCAUUCGUUCAAUCUGGAAAGCCUACUGCCGAACCCCUCAGUCCCAGCAAUCCAAAAACGACCAAUGGACUAUCGAGGAACUGACAAAAGUUUUGCACUUUGAUGAUGACCAGCAGACUAUCGAUUUCUGUACCUCUCAGGAUCUGCACUUCACACAAAAUGACCAGGGUAGCCUUUACCUCGACUGGGGUGAUCGCCACGUUGACUCUGUGGAAUUUGCCCCCUCGUCUGAUCACUCCUUUUCUGAAACCUACGUCGAAUCAAAACGCGCAGGACGCAGUCUCGUGGCCAUCAUACUUGGAAUGACAAUCAGUGAAGCCGCCGCGAUGGGCAUGAUCGACCGCACUAUGGUGCCCGCCCGAAAAACGAGUCCGACCCAGGAUGGUCUGGGUGAUGGAAAUCAGAGCCCAGAGCCUAUGGUCGAAACGAACCCAGUCAAAUCCACCCAAAAUGUGUUUGGAAAGCCUGAUCAGCUUAAGUCAACAAGCUUUGCCUCACCCUUCCAGGGAAUCGGAACCGGUUCCCAGCCUGCAGGCACGUUCCCUGCCCAAUCUGCGAACCAGAACGCCAGCAACCCUUUCUCUAAACAAGUCACCGAUACAUUUGCGGCCCCGUCGCCAUUAAACCCAUUCGCGAAGCCAGCAGAAGCCAACAAACCCGUGACUUCUCCUGUUGCCGAGGGCGUGUCAACUUCGCCAUUUAACCCAAGCGCUCCAUUCCAAACUGCUUCUGCGGAGAAAAAGACCUUUGACUUCUCAAACCCUUUUGCUAAUUCAUCAUCGUCAUCCGCCUCGAACAUCUUCGCCCCUAAUCCACCCGCACUUCCUCAAACAGAACCGCCUCAACCAGCUACAGCUGUGCCAUCUACCACCCUAUUUCCAUCGAGCAGCUCUGGUAGCUCCAACGCUCCAUCUAUUUUCGCGCAGCCCACCACUGUAGCUGCGACUUCUAGCCCCGCACUCUCCUCUGGUCCCAACUAUUUUACUCCUACAUCUUCAUUCUCAUUCGCGAACCCGUCAGGGGUGACCCAGAAGGCGGAUGCUCCCGCAGUGUCAACACCGGCAGGCUCGCCGCCGUUCAAAUCAAGUAGUCCACCCUUUGCACCCGCGGCGUCCACGCUUUUCAAGCCAAUCAGCUCACCUCCAGCUCCCUCGACCGCCAAAAAUCCCUUUGAGGGGCUUUCUUCCUUUCCACCGAGCGGCUCUGCUGCGUCUUCUGCUUUCCCUGCUUUCCAAAAGGCGCCUGCGGCGAUCACGGUGACCGAGCCAACUGCGGUGGCCACUACUGCGCCAUCCACUCUCUUCAAGUCUGAUGACAUCCCAAAGGAUUCAUCAGCCACAUCCAAGAAUCCCUUCGGCUUUUCACAACCGUCUUUCCCCGCUCCAGCUCCCGCAAUUCCAACGCCUUUCGCUGCUCCUUCAGUGGCUUCAUCCCCGUUCUCAUUCCCCAAAGCCCCUGAGACCACAGAACAGCCAAGUGCAAUCAAACCCGAGGAAAAGAAGACCCAGCCUUUCUCAUUCACGCCUGCUAAAACUCAAACUCCGGCGAAUGAUUUCACCUUUGCGCCCCCAAAGGCACCAGAAUCGAGCCAAAAGGUCGAUAUCUCUGCACCUACCGGACCGGCACCCGUAAAGCAGCCUUUUGUGUUCUCGCCUCCACCCAAUGAGCAUGCACAGAAGAAGGAUGAACCACCUUCAUCUCCAUCGGCCAAACCCCCAUCUUCGGCAAAGGACUCUCUCUUUGCGCCCCCGAAGGCUCGAGAGCCCAGCCGGGAAGCCCAGGGUUUGGAUCCUGCUGCGCCGGCAAUUGAAGAACAACCUGCUAUUUUCACCCGGCCAUCACCUGGACCGAACCCGAGUGAAGCCUCCGGCUUCAGGAGCUCUGCGCCAGCUCAGAUUCAAGCUCCAAGAUCUUUGCAAUCCGAAGAAUCGGCUUCUGGCUCAGCAACUCAGCCGGCUAGAGUUUUACCCUCACCCGCGGCUCCCUCUGCCAGUCGGUCUGUCUCAAGCACGCGCCCCAUAGCUUCUUCGCCGCCUCGGACUCUAUUCGAGGCCCUGCGGCAGCCAAAAAUCUUUGACGCCAAAUCGUCUACGUACUCCCCAUUCCAAGCGCCUGUUGAUCAACCACCUCUGUUUCAAGAUGUGACCCCUGCUGGGGGGUCUGAGCAACAAAGCUCACUGAAACGUCAGCAUAUUUCCACUCAUGCCGAUGACUCUCGACACAAGAGGCGGUCGUCGCUAAAGGGAAGCAGUACCGCUGCCCCGUAUGAUGGCUCAUUGAGACGCUCUGUUCAUUUUGAAGAAAGACAUGGCAAUGAGCCACCUUCUUCGCGGAAGCCCCGAGCGUCUUCCAAGCGCAAGAGCCCCGAGAAACCCCAGAAGAAGCGACAAAUGGAUGAAGGGACUGAAAACCCGCCCGAGGAGCCAGGCCCGAGCUCCAAGCUAACCAAGGUCUCUGCCUCAGCGGAACACACCCCAUUCAAGUUCUCUGUGUACGAAGCUGAGAAUCGACCUUUCCCCAAGCUACCAAUUCUGGACAAACUCGAGCAGAAACUGGCCCAAGUCAAGACCCUUUGCGAGCCCAAGCCUAUGACCGAGGAACAGCUUGAGUAUAUUGAGAAAGAGAGAUUGCGUCGCGCUCGCGAAGUCGACCAAGAUGAAAUCGCUCUCUCCCGCGCCCGAAUCCUAGCCCAGCAACUCAAGGAUGGCCCUGGCAUUUUUGACGGCUGGACCGGCCCCGCCCGGAAGCCCUGGGACGACCCAAACUGGAACCCGGCGGCCCGUAUUCUAGAAAAGUAUCGCCCCCGAAUCCCCGCCCACGUCCCCGUGAGGCCUUUACCACCGAAGCUAAUCUUGACCCACUCUCUCAGCGGUCGACCCCAGGUCUUUUACGCACCCGAUACCCCGAAUCGACCGAUGUCGCGCACCGAGCGUCGCAUUAGAUACACUGGUGCCCAUGGCCUGGCUAAUGUGCCGUUGGACUUCCAGCGCCGAAGGUCUUCUCAUCAGAAAGCCUCUAAGGAGGUCACCGAACGGAAAGAUUCUGAUGGGAAACAUGAGCACUCACGGAGUGGCUAG